CUGGAUCCUGGUGGUCAUGUGAUUUUGAUCAGCCUAGCUAGCUAACUGAUAGAAGUCAACGUUUCAUUCUGUAGUAGGUACAUUUGUCGACUUUGCACAAUAAGCGUUAGACUAUAAUUUAUAAUAAUGCUGUUGGUGUUAUCUGAUGAACAUAAGGAGCACCUGGGGUUUCUGCCAGAGGUGGACUCUGCGGGUAAAUAUGACUGUUAGCAUGACAGCUAGCUAGCUAGCAAACGUUACCAGCUGUCAUUAGACUAACUAAAUCAACGCUAGAUUCAUUAGUGUGUUCAAGUUAUUAAACCAGCGAAUACAGUGCGACAUUAUAUAUGAGUCUUGAUACAACAUAGAUUCAUAGAUUGUCCUGUCUUUUGUCAAGAUGUUAUUCUAGCUAGCUACUUCUGGCUACCAGUGCCUGUCCAGAAACAACCAUACCCCUUGAAUGGAUCUGAAAUGACUGAUGGGUAUAGCAAUAUGGCGAAAAUUUCACUUAGACUAUCAGAGGGCAAGGGAGUGCUCAUAUAUAUCCCUAGGCGGGAUAGGUGCUAUGGUACCCCAUUCAUAGACGCUAACUGUGUUAGAGUCUAUUGACUAUAAUAUCUUCUGACCAGGGCCGACUCUUGCUCCAAAUAUUAACACGCCUCGCUUGUGGUACGGCUUUGGAAACGUAAGGAACGUAUCUUUCAUAUCAGCGAGAAAUAAUUUUCUAAAAACAUUACUACACACCUUUUUAUAGGGUUAGGGCUCCCCCACGUCCAUAUUUCCAUGUUACAGACCGAGUGGAUGACCUGUGCUAAUUAGCUAUCUGCGUCUCCGAACACCUGCGUGUUAACGGAAGAUGGACGUCACAAACGUGUUGUCACUGAAAAAUACACUGACUUUAUAUUUUUAUGUGAUAUGAAAGUUAAGGAGUCUAUGUUUCUAGAACCGUACCGCAAUUGAGAAUCGAUUCACGUUUAGACGGAGUAUUUGGCUGUUUUGGCUUCCACAGGUCCUUGGACAAUAAGGAGUAACGUUAGGCUCUUUUAGUCCAGUGUUGGGCUAGUGCUAGGGUAGCCUGGGCAGCCACUAGUGGGCUUUAUGGAUCUUGACUUUAAAGCCCACUAGCGGCUGCCCAGGCAAGGGUUAUCUCUGGACAGGAGUCACAGGACCAUUGCCACUAGUUUGAAAGCUAACAUUCCUUGUUUUUCUUCAUCAGUGGUUGGUGAAUUUGGACGAAUAGCGGUCGAGUUCCUGCGAAAGGGAACAAACCCUAAGAUCUAUGAGGGGGCUGCCAGUAAGUAUCAGUUUCCAAGCUUGCAUAAUUCUUCCUACAAAACAUUUUAUCAAUGCAAAGCUGUCAUUCCAUUUUAUUGUCCGAUACGUUUUUUACGUGGUAGACUUGUAGCUAACUAGUUUCCCUUCCUCACUGUGUCCUUCAGGGAAGCUGAGUGUUGACGCAGAGACCGUACAGCAUGGCGUGGAGGGGAUCAUGUACCUGCUCACCGAGAGCUCCAAACUCAUGGUGAGUGGGUACAUGGAGCCUGUACCCUUCAACAGGAAAAUAGUUAGGCGCAAAAUGAUUUAUUUACAAUUAUAAACCGGGUUCGAGCCCGGAAUGCUGAUUUGACUGAAAGCCGUGUUAUAUCAGAUUGUAUACCAUGGGUAUGGCAAACUUUUUACUGUUCUAACAGAUGGCACACUCACUGACUUUACUCUCUCUACCUAGCACGCUCAUUUUGAGGCCGCUUUCGGAAGAGUCCGGGAAAAAAAACCGGUCCUUUUUGAGUUUGGAAUGAACUGCCACGUUAAGCCUGUCCUCUGCCCUGUGUAUGUGUUUUUAGAUCUCUGAGGUGGACUUUCAGGACUCAGUGCUGGUGCUGGGCUUCACCGAGGAGCUGAACCAGCUGCUGCUGCAGCUCUACCUGGACCACAGGAAGGAGAUCCGACACAUCCUCAGUGAACUCACCCCCUCACUGCCACACUACCACAACCUGGAGUGGAGGCUGGAUGUGCUGGUACUGUGUUGUCCGUUUAUUGGUCUGUCUGUCUGUCUGCCUGCCUGUCUCUCUCUCUGUCUGCCUGUCUCUCUGUCUGCCUGCCUGUCUCUCGGUCUGCCUGCCUGUUUCUCUGUCUGCCUGCCUGUCUUCUGUCUGCCUGCCUGUCUCUCUGUCUGCCUGUCUCUCUGUCUGCCUGCCUGUCUCUCUGUCUGCCUGCCUGUCUCUUUGUGUGUGUGCAGGGUUGCUAUGUCUGCGGUUUCCCUGCCAAAUUGGGCUACUUUGACAACGAUGUCGCGGGUGAAAAUGUAUUGGGUAUUUGUCCUACUUCUAAGUUGCACCGCUCUAUCACAAUUGCUGAUCAGUUGUUAGAGCGCAUUAGAUUGACGGUAACGGUUCACAUUGUUUUUUGAAGUUCGUUCAAGUGUUUCUUGCACAGAGAUUUGGAGGUCCUCUGUCCAACUUUCAUCACUCAAACUCCUGUUAGAUUUAUCUAUAGUUAGGCGCAAAAGGAUAUAUUUACAAUUAUAAACCGGGUUCGAGCCCGGAAUGCUGAUUUGACAGAAAGCCGUGUUUAUAUCAGAUUGUAUACCAUGGGUAUGGCAAACUUUUUACUGUUCUAAUUACGUUGGUAACUAGUUUUAUAAUAGCAAUAAGGCACCUUGGGGGUUUGUGGUAUAUGGCCAAUAUACCAAGGCUAACAGCUGUAUCCAAGUAUUCUUGCGACAUAUUCAAAUUCCUUUAUUACGUCACCUAGCUCGCAAAUAAUUAUUAUUUUGACGAAAACCAAAUGUUGCUUCUAAAGUCAUUACAAGUUACGUCGAUAUUCCUUCCUACUUGGCCCGAUAACGUCAUGGGGAAAAGGGUUUCUUGGAUAAAUGUGGCGAUUCCUCUCUGGCUAGUUAAACCUGGCAACCCUGUGUGUGUGUAUGUGAGUAGAGUCUUUCUGUGUCUCUCUCUUUGAUGGUACAUCAAUUCAGUUUGUUAAAAAAAAUAAUCCCCUCUCCCAUCUCUCUCCACUAGCUGGCCAGUCGUGCCCUCCGACAGCAGAUGAAGCCUACAGUGAGUAUGAAGCUGCACCUGGGGGAGAGUGGAGGUGAGAAGAGUGUUAAGGUGCUACAGACUGACCCUGCCACCCUGAUGCACCUCAUCCAGGAGCUGGAGAAAGCCCUGGCUGAGCUCAAGACCACCCAUUGCCGCAGGAUCCUGCGCAACAUCAAAUAG